AUGCGAUCGUUCAGAUGGCUACGCUACCUAUCUAAACGGCCUCAAAAAGUAGAGGAAUUUAGCAAGGCCAUUAGAAAAGAGAGUGCAGAGAGUGUGCUGAGAAAGUUCAUGAUACCUAGUGUGCAAUCGGAUGAACUCGUCACGCUGUCGGAGGAACUCCUCCCUCACAUCACCAACCAUGCCUACAGUAUUAUUCAACAACAUCACAUUCUUCUAAUCUUUUCAUCACGCUCGAUUCGAUAUGAGCCCACUCUAUUGAAGUGUAUUUGGAAUAUUCUCAAGACAGAUGUGCCGCAAAUUUUGAAUUCUAGUACCCACGACGGCUUGAAUCUCAGAAUCACACCAAGUGGAUUAGCAUUCUGCACGGCUUCAACAUUCAGCAUUCUUUCCCGUAUGCGACUGAUUAACGAUCAGCAAAUGCUCGCCUUAGCCUUUGGGCGUUGUAUUGAACUGAGCUCGAUAAUGUCAUUGAGCGCUGUGUCGAAGACCUACGAAGCAUUAGGCUUACUUAACAGGGAAUAUUUCAGUCUCACCGAUGCGUAUUUUUAUAAAUCUGAUAUGGAUAGCAUUUCGUCCAGGAAUGAAGUUUUUGAUGAGGCUCAACUUUCUGAUAUCGCUAAUCAGCCCAACAUGGUGGAUAUCCUGUGUGGGGAGCUUGAAGCACGCCUAGCGGAACUUUCCUCUCUAGGUAAUAGGCUGUUUACCACCAACGAAGGGGAUAAAAUGGCCGAAAUCCCAUGGGAGUUGUCUAGUGAUUGGCCAACGACCUCAUUGACGGUGUCGACGCUUGAUGCAUCUGGACCUCAUGCUGGGGCUGGGAAUUGCGGCGAAUAUGCGAUUAAUGGCGACUUAUUUUCAUGUUUGAUUAUCAUGCGUGCGUUACCAGUCCUUGGCGCGAUGUCUCCUGAUAUUUUCAGUAGUCUUCGAAACGUGAUUGCGUCAUGUAUGAAGGGCGAAGGGAUUGCGCCGAGUGUGGAGUUUCUUGUUCAGGCUCUAAAGGAGGUCUCCCGAGUUCACCAGCGUGUGGUAGAUCCUUUAAAUCAUGAGGAUAAUCAUGAGUUUCCAGAGGCACGUGCUGAAAUGAUCCGUUUCUUAGCAUCGAGUUUACUUAGUCGGAAGGAUCUGGUGUUGACGUUACGACGUAAUCCUCAGCUUAAUUUAGACAUGCGAAAGUUGUUUGAGGAAAGUCAAACGUUAGUUGAAUGUGCUUUUCACUUGUGGGACCGAAUACGAUGUAUUCGCAUAGCGCACAAACACGUCACUUCAAAAAAAAAGAUUCAACUUCCUGAAUGUCAAUUUAUGAAAGGUCGUAAUACAAAGUUGAAGAGAAUCACGCCAGAUCCCUCCGAGGCUGAGCGUUUUAUACCACCUCAGUUCAAGACGUGGAGAAGCCCUGAGCACUCGCCACGUCGAAAUCGCUCCAGUUCUCCAGGUGCCCUGAAAGUGAUUCCAUUUGGAAGACGUCGCAUAUCGAAGAAUUACAUCAAGGAAAAGCAGAGAAAGUACUGCCCGUUUUGA